AAUGAGUGAUCUGUAAGAUAUAAAUCCAUAUCCUUAAAUUGAUGAAUAACAUGAUUCAAAUCAUUAGAUUGAAGAACCUACAGCUUCAUAGGCAAUUCCAGUCAAUCAAUAAAAUAUCGUUUUAGAUAAUUGUACUACAACAAGAACAAUUAGUGAAGCUUCAAGUGAAGAGAGAAAACAAUUUCUAAAACACAGUCUGAGAGCCUUGGCAAUAUAAUAAAUAUUCUAAUUUUCACUAGCUUUAGGUUUUGCAUUUGUAGAUGAAUGGGGAUUCUGUAGUAAUUUCUUCUUAUUCCUUUUCAUUACAUUGAGUCUACAUUUAUUUAUAGCCACAUAUAAAGCAAGAGGAAUGAAGAAAGAAGUAAGAUUCUGAAUAAUUUAUAGGAAAGAGUGAUGAAAUUUUAAUGGCUAGGUUGGAUGAUAUGCUAUUCAUUUGCAAUAACUUUAUUUUCAACUUUAUUGAAUGUGUUAUUUUUUGGUUGGUUCUUUUAUUUACCCUUCCUAACAACAUCAUUUUUAUUACCUAUAAUAACUCUGGGAAUGAUUGUACAUAUAUCAUCUGGAAGUGUAUGCAUAAAUACAAAAUGUAAAGAGAAUAUAUUAAUUUAUAUAGAAUAUACAAUCAUCUUUUUUGUUAUGAUUUUCUUUUUAGAUUUAAGUAUUUCUGUAUUUGAUGAAGGAUAUAUUCAUUUUGGAUAUUUAAUAGGAGAGUUUGUAGCAUAUUUAUAUGGAUUAUAUUUAACAUUAAUUAAUGUUUAAAUAUAAUAUGUAAGAAUUUAACAUAACAAUUAUUUUAGCCAGUCAAUGACUUAUCACUAAACAUUGAAUAGGAAGAAACUAAAUUAGAUUAAGUGAUGAAUUUAUUAGAUAGAGGAACAUAAAAAUUUGAAGUGGGUAGUAUCCCAAUUGAUGCUUAAGAAAUUACAAUGGAAGAGAUUAAGAAAUAAAGUAAUACUUAAAGAUUGUUAAAAUUGGCUAUUCUUUAAGCUUUCUGUAUAUUUUUCUAUAUGGUCCCAAUAUUGUAUUUGGUUUUAAUGAUUUGGUUAAUGGUGGUAACUCAUAAGGCAAAUACAAAAUUUGUAUAGAUUGGUAAGAAGUAUGAAGUGAAAUUGAAUGAAUAAUAUGUUGCUCCAAUAUUAAUUAAUUUAGAUAUAUUGGGAGGAUUGAAACAUGCAAUAGAAUGAAU